AACUAAAAGUGUUUCUCAUGUUUACUAUCAGUGAAAUUAAAAUAGCUGAAAAUUGAAUUUCAUGCACAAGUGAAUUACUCAAGUUGGGCCACGCGCGCAAUAUAGACUUAAAUAUGAAGCAGGAACAAGAUUUCGGAAACAUGCAGGGGGUAAUGGAGACCAACAAUGGAGAAAUCAUUGCACUGCUUCAAUAUGAAAAUUCCGGAAUGCCGAGUAGUAGCAGGAACACAAAUCAUGACGAAGCCACAAUGAUCAAAUCUAAAUCAACAAACCAGACACAAUCGGGAACGACUGGAGGAGGUGGAGGUGGUGAUGAUCUCAAUAAAGUAUCCAGUAAGAAAUGUUCAGACGAUGAAUGUGACAUUAUUGGGGAGCUUAUUGGAAGCUAUGGAAAAUGGCAAUUCCUCAUGACCUUCCUGCUGUCGCUUUUUCAAGUGCCAAACACUUUUCACAUAUCAUCACCUGUUUUUCAGGCUGCUCACAAAAAUUACUGGUGUCAACGACCGGUUCAAUUAAAUCAAACCCCAAUAGAGUUAUGGCGAAAUGUGAGUCAAUCAAUGGAUAAUUGCCAUAAAAUUAAUUACAAUUGGGAUGAUAUAUCAUCUGACCAAAUAACAGUUGACUUCAGACCGCCAAGCAAUUCCUCCCAAAUCCCUUGCAAAAGUUGGGAGUAUGAUUGGGAUGAUAAUUUAGGGAACACAUGGACGUCACAGUGGGAUUUAGUUUGCGAGAAGGAAUAUCUUAAAAACGUGGCCGAAAUGUUUUUUCUCCUCGGAGUUGCUACAGGUGGCAUUAUUUCAGGAUAUCUAUCUGACAAAUUUGGACGAAAAACCAUGCUUUUCAAUUCAGCUCUCCUACAAACGAUUUUCGGAAUUGCUCUCUAUUUUGCCGACUCAUUCGAGAUCUAUCUGGCAUUAAGGACACUCCUGGGUCUAGUCUCGGUAUCCGUAACAUAUGCCGGUCUUAUUUUGGCUAUUGAAUACGUGGAUGGAAAAUGGAGAACUAUUGCUGGCAUGUACAAUUUGUUUCCUCUCCCAAUAUCAUACAUGAUGAUUUCAGGAAUAGCCUAUCUCACGCAAGACUACAAAGUUCUUCAGCUCUGCAUUGGGCUUCCAGGAAUCUUUCUUUGUUUUCUCUGGUUUGUGGUACCAGAAUCACCGCGCUGGCUCCUGUGCAAGGGUCGCACUGCAGAAGUAAAGGAAGUCAUCAAGGCUGCUGCAAGAUUUAACAAACGGGAGCUUCCUCACAAUCUGGACAAGCUACUGAAGCCACCAGAUGAGGAACACGCCAACGAAGGAUUCAUCGAUCUCUUCCGUUCAAAAUACUUGCGACUCAUUACAAUCUGUUUCCUGUGCAUUUGGUUUACAAUGAAUCUUGUCUAUUAUGGCCUCAUCCUCAACAUGAAUACUUUUGGUGGCAACGUGUAUUUGAACUCGGCCUUGGCGGGCCUUGUGGAGAUGCCAGCAAUUGCAAUUGCGAUGUAUAUCAUUGGUAAAGUUGGCAAAAAGUGGCUCUUCUGUGCAACUCUCUUUUGCACUGGAUUGGCAUGCCUGUGCGCUGCGAUAUCGGAGGGAAAUGAGGAUAUACUCUGGCUCAAGAUUACAUUUGUUAUGAUUGGGAAAUUUACUAUCAGCGCCGGGAACACAAUAAUGCCAGUUUAUACAGCUGAACUUUAUCCGACCGCAAUUCGAAAUGCUGGAGUUGGAGCGUGCAAUGUGGCAGCGGGUCUUGCACUCAUCCUUACACCCUAUUUAGAGAUGCUGAACAAAAUUGAGAAACAUCUUCUUAUGACAUUGCUCACAGCGUGGACAAUUUUCGGUGGAAUCGUAGUAAUAUUCCUACCAGAGUCAAGGAAACAGUCUCCACCCAUUGUGAAUGAUGCGGAAGAAGAGCGCAAUUAAGAAGAAACGUUGUACAACACAAACCUGCACAAAUACGGAAGAAGUGAACAGUCUAGUUAAACGUUUUCAGAGGUCAUUUUAUCUAAAAGGGCUUAUCACAUUAAAAGAAAUUAUCUAGCGAACAAAACAGUUUAAUUCAGUAGAAAUUCAGCUAAUAUAAUCAUACAGUUUUCUGCUGUUUAUGUUCGCUGAGUAAUAUCUCAUUUGAAAUAUAAGUGCAUUGUGCAAUAAAAGUCGUAGACCGUUAAAGUAAAGGAAAAAUUCUCCAAUGUGUAAUUAUCCAGUCACUGCAGAACUUGUAGUAUUUCUUAUUUACUCUUAGAACCUCAAAAAUAAAAUGACAUCAUAAAAUUAUAGAUCUAUACUGCUCAUUUCCUAUUUUAUCCAUCUAGUGACUAAAAUUUAAUUGCAAAGAAUACAGUUAAGCUCAGAAGAGAUGAGAUCUUAGAAUGUGUUUUAUUUUUAACUAUCAAUUGGAAGUUAUACACAUUCUAAUUUUCCGAUCUAUUGAAUUUCGCAUACUUAUGUGACAAUAAUUAGGAAGUAAAAUUAAAACUCUACAAGAAGGAGCUGCUAUUUUUAUCCCCCAAAGCUUAAGUGUUUGGAUUCCAGGAUACAACAGAUAGAAGGUAUAUGAAUGUAUGUAUGUAUGGUGUGGGAAUGAUGGAGUUGAAUCUAAAUACACUGCCAUCCUAUUUAAAAUCAAUUAUUCUAUGUUGUAAAACUGUUGUGUCACAUGAACAAUAAAACAUGAACAAGAAGUAGGAUCAAACAUUUGUCAAGAAUAAAUAAACUAACAAAAAAAUAUUUCAGAUGACUCUAUACAAUUUUGACUAUUUUCGGAGAAUGUAUAGUCUCACUUGUCAAAUCAAAAUUAUCAAGAAAAAGAUUAAUUAAAAUGUUAAUUAUAUGAAUCCCUCCAAAUAUCCAAAUUGGCAUAACAAAUUUCGAGUUUUAGUAAUUAGUCAAUAGAAAUAUUGUCAAUGCAACUCUUCUUAGUCUCGAAUAUCAGAAUACAAAAAAAAAUUAAAUAGAAGAAGCAUAAAAAUUAUUCUAUAUCAUAUAAUGUCCUUUGUGUGAUUUGGCUGGUCCAAAUAUAUGAAAAGUAUUAUUGCUAUGUUAAUAAUACAUAAUCAUAGUGAGGAAAUAAAGUAUAAAAACUAAUAGUAAAUUUAAUAAAUAAUUAAUGUUAUAGAGUAUUAAAUUAUUUAUCUUAGUCCUUAAAGUACGCUCGAUAUUAAUAAUUGUAACAGUGAAAUGAUAAUUGUAACAAUAUAAUUAUUAUACCACCUCGCGAAAUCUCUAAAUUUGUCAAAAACUGCGUCAACGUAGAAUAUAUUGGAAAUGAGAUUAGAAUUUUGGUGGCUAAGAAGGCAAGAGAAAAAGCUUUUCAUGUGACAAGAACAUUAUAAUAAAUUUAAAAAAUACUAUGACAUCGUGAAUUAGGAAGUCAAUUACAAUGUUACUAUGUGUGUAUUUUUUACUGUAUAAUUACAUUUUUAUUAGUUACCGUUGUUGUUAAUUAUAGCGUAAGAAAUAUUUAUUUAUAUUGUACUUAUAAGUGGCUGAUUUAAUAUUGAGCAGAAUUACAUGCAUAUGUAAAAGUGAGUCGAUGACAUAUAAAAUUAUAUUAUUUUUGUACUUACCCAUUGUAAUACUUUUUUUAAAUCACAUUUAAUCCGUAAUAAUUCUUGUGUUUACAUGGAAAUAAACUUAUAAGUCAAUAUCAUUAAAUAAUUAUAUUGUGCACGAAAAGUAAAUUUUAUGAAUAAAGGUGGAAAUUGCA